CGAUAGAUGAAGAACUGCCUACAUGCCAAUGCUGAACGUCCUACGACUGUGCGGAUCUCGUCUGUGCAGUUCCAUCCUUGUGCUCAGGUGGUGAUGGUUGCUGCACUAGAUAACUCUGUAUCACUGUUUCAGGUUGAUGGGAAAACAAAUCCUAAAAUUCAGAGCAUCUAUUUGGAAAAGUUUCCAAUCUUUAAGGCUCGUUUUAGUGCUAAUGGAGAAGAGGUUUUAGCCACAAGUACCCACAGCAAGGUGCUUUAUGUCUAUGACAUGCUGGCUGGAAAGUUGAUUCCAGUACAUCAAGUGAGAGGUAAGCUUUCUGUUGAACACAUAGCUGGUCAUCCCCCAACUCCCCAGCCCACAGCCGAGUUCAUUUAACAGUA